UCGCGACGGACCUCAUAAUCACGACCUACGUAACCGACAGCUCUUCCUCGGUCACGCCAGCUGUACCAUUAGCUGGAGAAAGUUAUAAUCCAAAAUGACUGAGAUUGUAAUGGACCAGACGCCGCCCAUUCUGCAGGGUCCUUCGGAUAAAGAACGCAAAUAUGAUCGCCAGUUGCGCCUAUGGGCAGCGAGUGGUCAGGCCGCCCUUGAGUCGGCCAACAUCCUGCUUGUGAACUCUGGCGCCGGUACAGUGGGUGUCGAAACUCUCAAGAACCUUAUAUUGCCAGGUAUCGGGCGGUUCGUGAUCCACGACAAUGCGCUGGUGGAUGAGGCCGAUCUGGGUGUCAACUUUUUUUUGGACGACAGUUGUUAUGGAAAACCCCGAGCACAAUGUCUGGCAAGUCUGCUGGGGGAGUUGAACCCGGAAGUGGAUGGAGAUUGGUCACCCAAGACCAAGAACGACUCACUGGGGUCACUACUUAAACAAUCCCCCUUAUUUACCGCCAUCAUGUACACAUAUCCUAUCAACCAUGUCGAGUUGGAGACCCUCGAACAAUACAGCAAAGAACACAAGACACCACUAAUAGCCAUUCACUCGACUGGCUUCUAUUCGUAUUUUACUAUCAGACUUCCGGGAACAUUUCCAAUAGUCGACACACACCCGGACGAGACGGCAACAACAGACCUCCGACUCCUCAGCCCAUGGCCUGAGCUGGUCGAAUUUGCCAACACUAUGACCAAGGAUAUCGACAGCUUAGACAAUUUCGAACACGGCCACCUGCCAUACGUGGCAAUAUUGCUUCAUUACUUGGAUAAGUGGAAGGCAACGCACAAUGGCACCUACCCCUCAACCUACAAGGAGAAGACGGAGUUCAGGCAGCUAGUUCGGGACGCUGCAAGGACAGACAACCCCGAGGGUGGCGAAGAGAACUUCGACGAGGCUGCUGCUGCUGUGCUCAAAACGGUCGCCCCCUUUUCUCUACCAUCCGGGCUAAAGGAGGUGUUUGAGUACGAGCACAAGGACCCUAUUCAGGAAAGGUCAACAUUCUGGAUCAUCGCGGACGCGGUCAAGGCUUUCUAUACUAAACACGGUUCUCUGCCCCUUCCGGGCAAUGUUCCGGACAUGAAGGCCCAGUCCAAGGUCUACGUCCAACUCCAGAACAUCUACAAGGCCAAGGCUCGUAAGGACGCGGCCGAAGUCCUGCAGACGGCACGAGCGAUUGCGGGAACGGGACGAGAGGUGGAUCCUGCCGAAGUGGACCUUUUCUGCAAGAACGCAGCAUUCGUCAAGCUGAUCAAUGUAGAGGGUGGAGGAGACACUGCCCCUCUUGGUAGUAAAGAGCGGCUUCAACAGGUUCUUCGACAAGAAAUGGCCAACGACCAAGUCGCGGAAAUGACAUUACAGCCCAUGUCGCUGUUCCCCAUUUACCUGGCUCUGAGGGGUCUGGCGCAUUGUGGCAACGCAUCAUCCGACAAGACGCAGAUUGUCGAAGCCGUCACGAGCUUGCUCUCCGACAACCUAUCAAGCGAGGAGUAUGGCGACCUCAACGAGAAGCUGGGGAAUGUUGCAGAGGAUCUUGCCCGAGCCGAAUACGGCGAGCUACACAACAUCUCCGCACUCACGGGUGGUAUGGUGGCUCAGGAGAUGAUUAAGAUCAUCACUAAGCAGUACAUUCCCAUCGACAACACGUGCGUGUUCGACGGGAUCAGGAGCCGAACUCAGGUCUUCCAUGUGUGAGAGAGGAGGAAGAGGGGUUGAGGCAAGUGUGGAAAUGAGAAGGGACUGUGGCCAAGCAAUACGCCUCUCAGUUCGAAAACAAGAAGGAAGGAGGGGGGGGGGGGGGAGGCAGUGUCGAAGGCGGCGACCAGAAGAAAUUAGAAAUGGAUGGGUGGGUGGGUGGAGAUCAACAGAAAACUUGAAUUGGUUCUGGAUUCAGCUGGGGCCCAGGCCCGGUUCCGAUCCCUGAUCCGCUUGUCUUGAUGGAAGCAUCGACGAAGGCCGACAAUCAUGAUGCGGAUGCAAGUCCUUUUCCCGCUUGGCCAGUAGCAGUCAGCGCUUGCUUGCUGACUCAUUAAAAGGAGGCGAAAAUAGACAAUCAGGACAUGAUCAGUGACAUUUAUGGAAUAGACGAGCGUUGACGAAGCAAGGCUAACACGCGCUGCCGGGGACUUAGAAGCUGGCUGGGGGUGUGCUUGGCAAGGCAAUAGGGAUCUCGAGUCUCGACUCGAAGAUGAUGGCGCGUUGGUACCAGGAUAAUGGUCAGGGAAUCCAAAAAAGCAAAGUUCGAAAGUAGCGUUCAACAAGUAGACAGACUAGAAAGGCAGACAGAUAGGAAAAUGAGAAAUAGGAAACAGAACAGGCGAAAAAAGCUUUGGGCUAUAA